AUGAACAACUUCUUCAAAGCAGACUUCAAUCUCCCUUCCUUCUCCUCCAUCGACAACGAUGGCAGCGGCAACAACAAUAACAACAACAACUCCAAUACCAACCCCAAUACCAAUACCAAUACCAACUCCAACAACAGCCAAAACAACCAGAGUAACGUUGGGAGUGGCAGCAACUCCAACAGCACCAGCUCCAACCCCAAUCCUAAUAACAGCAACAACCAAAACAAUUCCAACUCCAACGCCAACAGCUACAACUUUGGCAACAACAACAACGCCAACAAUAACAACGCCAACAAUAACAACACCAACAGCAAUAACAACGCCAAUAACACCUUCAACAGCAACAACUUUGGCAACAACAACGCCAGUCCCAACAGCAACAAUAACUUUAACUACAACCCCAAUCCUAAUACCAACAACAUCUUCAACAGCAACAACAGCGGAUUCAACAACAACAGCAACAAUAACAGCGGCAACCAAAACAACAACAACUUCAAUACCAACAAUGGCAACAGCGGCAGCAAUAACUUCAACACUUUCGGCAAUAAUAACAGCGGCUACAACACCAAUUACAAUCCCAAUAACGGUGACAACGGGUACAACGGCGAAGGGAACAACAAUAACUACAACUACAACUACGGCAACGGUAACAACACCAAUAAUAACAGCAACAACACCGCAAACAACACUGCAAACAACAAUAGUUUUGCCGGAGUGACCUUUCGUCCACAGCAGGGCAUGUUCUCGCCCUCUGACUAUGGUCAGCAACAGCAGCAGCAGCAGCAGCAGCAGCAGUUUCAGCCCAACCCGUUCCAGCCUACUCAGAACCAGCAGUAUCAGCAGCAGGCUCAACAACAGCAGCAGCACUCUCAGCAACCUUACCCGCAACAGCAGCAGCAGCAGCCGCAACAGCAACAACAGCAACAGCAUCAACACCCAUAUGACCCCUCGGACAACUAUCGAUCGUUCGUGUCAUCGGAUAUGUACGGCAACUCCAACAACUCGUAUCCCAUGUAUCGUCCCGACAACAGUCAGGAAGGGCCCAUUCGAUCCCAGCCCCGCGGUACGCCCUUGGACAAUGGCCACUCGGUCCGUUUUAAUCCAAGCAGGAACUACGGCAUGGAGGCUACAGAGGCGUCCACAAGUUCAGGCACAAGCACGGGUACGUUCCUCGCCCGACCCAAGAUACCUGGCCUGCCUUGCAUUGCCUGUAGCAUGUCUAGAAUGGCCUGCGACGGAGGCUCUCCUUGUCGCAACUGCCUCCAGAACAGAGUACGGUGCCAUUACGAAGGCGACAAUAACACCCGUUUCUUCGAAAUUGAAGCGCUUCAGUUCGAUGAGCCCCUUUCUGGGUCAAAGCGCCCCAGCGGGAGCCGCGACAAUCCCGACAAUCCCGACAAUCAUGAUGGACGAGCACCCCCUACACUGGCAGGCUCGUCUGCGUCUCCUUCGAUAGGAAACUUGUCGCGAAAUCCAAAUUCUCGAUCGCGCUCCCGGUCAGGGUCGGGCUCUGUUGGUUCAUGUUCAGGUUCAGCAGCGUCAGUGAAUGCGCGCAAGAGCCAAGAAGUGGGCUUCACGCGCGUCUCGCCCGUCAUCUCGUCCCCUAUCAUGCUCUCAGACCAAUCUCUCAUCUCGAUCCCUCCCUUCCAGGAGGUACACCAGGAUCGAUCCCAACACAACCAACACAACCGAGUCACUUUACCCUCCAUUUCCGCCAUGGGCUCCACCAUCACGCCCUUCUCCUCCACGACGAACUCCCGAACCCCUCCCUCGACCAAAUCCUCUGGCUUUUCAGCGUCCCCAAGAUCCCAAUCCACCUCGUCCUCAAACGGCCCAGGCGCAUCUUCCACCAAGGCGGGUCAUGAUAAAUCCAACCUGACCUUGCACAGCACGUCUUCUGUCCGUGCACAGACCGAUCGGACCGAUUCCGAGAUCAUUGUCAAGCGUGCCUUCUCGAAAAAGCAACUACAGCAACAAAACCAACUGCAGCAAAAAAACCAACAACCUCAGCAACAACAACAGUAUCAGCAAGCGAUGCCUCCUAAGGACCCGUUGUACUCCCUUUCCAGCGCUAGUAUUCGAGCCCGAAAGAAUGCACUCGAAAUGGAGAACAUUCAGCGAGCGAGCCAUGUUUACGCGGAUUACAUCGCCAAGAUCAAGGACGUGUCCAUCUCGGUUGUCGAUGCUACUCCCAAGACCACUCCGACCUAUCUUUCUGAACGCGAUAUGAUGUCUUAUAACAAGAUGGAUGUGGAUGCUGAAACAAGGACCUUUGUCAAGCAUACACGGACGACAUCGAGUUCCCGAGACGGUAGCUCUAACCUUGGUGAGGACACCCUGAGUCCUCUCGAGGGCCUUUUGCAAUUGGGUCGAUCGGGCUUGCUGCACAGUCUGAUUCAGCAGUAUUUCACAUUGAUCCAUCCCCAGUUUAUGGUCCUGCAUAAGAACCGAUUCCUCGUUCGAUUCUGGGCGCAGUUCGGGUCCUUCCCGGAAGCCAAUGAGCUCCAGAGCCAAAUCAUGCAGAACGCCAAGGCAGCCAACAUUUGGCGCGGGCCCAUCGACUCUGAAUCGAGCAAGGAUGAGCAAGAAAAGUCAGGAAUGCAGACUGUUUGUCCUCUUUUGUUGUUGGCCAUGUUGGCACUGGUCUCGCGUCACAUCAACGACCGAGGUCCUUUCAAGAGCACAGCGGCGGACAAGCAACAGCGAAUCGAGCACGGCCUGGCCAUGCUGAGCGGCGAGUUUCGAGAUUCGAUGGACUUUAUGCUAAACAGCGACAAGGCUCAAGAGGCGCGGCUAUACGAACUCAUGGAGUCCGACAACCAGUACCAGGGCCCGUCGGGUGAGAGCCUGGAAGAUCGAGGCGAGCAGUAUUUCCAGUGGGCGUCGGAGCUGCUGAGGGCCAAGUACGAGGAACCUUCCUUAACGGUCGUGCAGUCCCUUCUGCUUCUGCGAGAGUAUGCCAUUAUGGCUGGCAACCACACGCAGGCAUACAUGUAUGGCGGCACGGCUAUUACGAUGGCGAUGGGUCUCGGGUGGCAUCAUGCUGGUCCCACAAAGUCGCCUGAACAAGGGGAUCAGCCUUCGUCGACCGCGGAAUUUGGUGAUGCUUCGGACACGACUGGAGAGGCAAGGGCAGAAGGAGAGGAGUCGAAGGAGCUCAAGGUCACGGACGAGGAGCAGAAGCUGUGCUGGUGGCACUGCUUUAUUGUCGAUCGGUGGAUGUCUGCCAUUUACAGCCGUCCUGUGAACAUCCCAAUCCAUAUUUUCGACAAGACGCUGUUGCCGCUCCCCAAGACGAAUAAGGCAUGGGAUUCAAAGGAGAACGACUGUCCUCAAACUCCUAUGAACGUGUUCUCAUCGAGCAACUUUACAGAUGCCUUGCAAUCCAGCCCGGAGAUUGUUUCGGCACAUGCGAUAAAGGUUUCUAAUCGAGACCCGCUUUCGAUCGGUUCAGGAGUUGCUAUGCGUUCCUCGCCCUAUCUCCCGAGUCCACAUUAUCGAGCCAAGGCGUUCUUUGACCAACAAUGUCGGCAGGCGUUACUUCUGGACGAUAUUUUGUCGUUUCUGUCAUCGUGGUCGGACGAUUUGUUUGUAAGUUCGGUCGAGUUUGAGAAACUGAGCCAGUCGCUGGAUGAUUGGCACCAAGCCUUGGCAGAAUGGCAGACAUUCCCAAUCUCGGGUAUUGUUGGUGCUGGACUGGCGAAACGACAGCAGUCGCAAGGUCAACGGCGAUCGAUUGCAGGGGGUGAAGAUGGCAUUGGAGCGGUGACGAGCACGAUCAAUGCAGAUGAGAGCCGAGAUGUGGUUCAGGCAACCUUAUUGGGAGUGAGUUACCACACGAUCCGGAUUUUGUUGUAUCGACCGUUCCUGAGAACGAAUCUGCGACACCCGCCGUGUUUGCCGAGUCGAGCGAGUGCGGCAUGCGCACAGUCUGCGAAUGCGAUGACUUCGUUGGCAGAGUAUUUGAUGAACCAGACGGAUACGACGGUUCAGCCGUGUUUGUUGAUGCGACACCAGUUUUCGUUGGUGACGGCGGCGGGGAUCCAGCAGAUGAAUUCGAACUUGGAUGAUGAGCCGCGGUUGUCGACGCCGGCCAAGAUCAACCUGUUGAAGACGAUUCGAAUUCUUCGAGAUGCCGACCGGUCGUCGUGGGCAGCGGGAGUUCAGGACGGACUUCAGCAGGUUCUGCGGGAACUGUUUCCAACACAGAUGAAGCACAUGUGGGCCACUGCUUGA